AGCUUCCAGCACCCUUGCCCGCCUCGCUCUCCCUCGCUCUCUCCAUCCUGCGAGCUGGCCCAUAUCGACCGUGCCCAAUCGAUGCGCUUGGCCGCUCUCCUCGUCGGCAUGCUGGCGGCUCGCACGCGCGCGCUGCACCUCGUGCACAUGUCGCGCCGCCCCGGCUCGCGCCUGCUCGGCCCGGCUGCCAGCCUGCGCGCCGGCAUGCCGGGCGCCUCGGCCGGCUGCGCCUCGGCGGCGGCGCGGCGCGAGGCGCCGGCGCUGAGCUCUUCCGAAGGUAUCAGCGGGCUGCGGGUGCUCAACACUCUGACGGGCCAGCUGGAGCCCUUUGUGCCGAUCGACCCGGACCGAGUGAAGUGGUACACGUGCGGCCCCACUGUCUACGACGCGGCGCACCUCGGCCACGCACGCAACUACAUGGGGUUCGACAUCGUGCGGCGCGUGCUCUGCGACUACUUUGGGCUGGCCGUCAUGUUUGUGAUGAACAUCACCGACAUUGACGACAAGAUCAUCCUCCGCACCCACCGCAACCACCUCGAGGCGAUGGCGGCGCUGGUCGCCGCUGCAGCGGCGGAGGCGGCGGAGGCGGCCGGGGCAGCGGCGCUGCGCGAGGCGGUGGAGGCGGCGGAGGCGGCGCUGGCGGCGCCCAAGCCGACGCUUCUGGAGCUGGUCGGAGCGCAGACCGCGCUGCGCGACGCCGCCGCCGCCGCCGGCAUGGCCUCUCCGCCGGCGGUGUGCGACGUGCAGACGGCGUUUGUGAAGCUGACCCUCGAGCAGGAGGCGUCCUUCUUCGAGGACAUGGCGGCGCUCAACGUGCGUCCGCCCGACGCGGUGACGCGCGUCACCGACUACGUUCCCGAGAUCGUCUCUUACAUCGAGACGAUUGCGCGGAACGGGUACUGCUACGAGGCAAACGGCUCCGUCUACUUUGACACGGCCGCCUUCACCUCGUCGGAGGGCAAGGUGUACGGCAAGCUCGUCGACGCCUCUGCGCUGGCGGACAAGGAGCUCCUCGCCGAGGGGGAGGGCGCCCUCUCCGCCUCGAGUGCCGAGGCAGACAAGCGGCACCCCUCCGACUUUGCGCUCUGGAAGGCGUCCAAGCCGGGCGAGCCGGCGUGGCCGUCCCCGUGGGGGGAGGGGAGGCCGGGGUGGCACAUCGAGUGCUCGGCGAUGAUGUCCGACCUGCUGGGCGGCGAGGUGGACAUCAACGCGGGCGGGAUCGACCUCAAGUUCCCGCACCACGAGAACCAGAUGGCGCAGGUCGAGGCGCACUACGACUGCUGCAAGGCGUGCAACUACUUUUGGCACUCUGGCCACCUGUCCAUCGACGGGCUCAAGAUGUCGAAGAGCCUCAAGAACUUCAUCACCAUCCGCGAGGCGCUCGAGACCUACUCGGCGCGCCAGCUCCGCUUCCUCUUCCUCCUCCAAAAGUACCACCAGCCGAUGGAGUACUCGCAAAACAGCAUGGCCGCCGCCGCCGACCUCGAGCGCCGCUUUGGCGCCUUCGAGGCGGCGCUCGCGGCGCGGCUGCGCGAGGCGGACACGGCGGCCGACGCCGCGCCGCAGGAGGUGCUGCACCGGUGGGGCGAUCAGGAGCGGCGCCUCAACGACGCCCUCGUCGACAAGCGCGCGGCGGUGCACGCGGCGCUGCUCGACUGCAUCGACACGCCGAGCGCGGUCAAGCGGCUCGAGCAGCUGAUCCGCGCGGCCAACUCGUACAUGGGCGAGGUGCCGCAGCCGCAGCGCGGCGCGACGCUCCUGCACGCCGUCGCCCGCUACUACAGGCGCGUGAUGGGCGCGUUCGGGGUCGAGACGGCGCUGGACGCUGCAGGGGCAGCAGGCUCGGCUGACUCGGCGACGCCGCUGCAGCUGACCGAGGCGGUGAGCAGCUUCCGCGACACGGUGCGCUCCAUCGCCAUCGAGGCGAAGCGGUCGGGCGGCGAGGGCGCCGGCUUGGCCGACGAGGCGCUCGGGGUUCGGAUCGAGGACCGGCCGUCGGGCGUGGCGCAGUUUGCGAUCGACGAGCCGCAGCGGGUGCUCGCUGAGGCGGCGCGGCGGCGCGAGGCGGCGGCGCAGGCCGAGGCGGCCAAGGCGGCGCGCGCUGCCGACCAGGCGGCGCGUGAGGCGGCCGAGGCGGCGCGCGCUUCUGUGCCGCCGUCGGAGAUGUUUUCGCCGGCGCACGACGGGCUGUUUGGGCGGGAGAGCAGCUACGGCGCACUCGACGCCGAGGGCAUCCCGCUCGAGGACGCGACGGGCGAGCCGCUCUCAAAGUCGCAGCGCAAGAAGCUGGUCAAGCUCGCGCAAAAGCAGGCCAAGCUAGUCGAGGCCGCGGGGAGGCGGUGACGGCGCGGGCGGCGGCGCGUUGUGUAUUUGGAGGCGGCAGGCUGGAAGGAGGAGGGUCCGGGGAGAGGGACGCGAGACGCGUUGGGAUCGGUACUAGCGGGCCGGGCCUAUUUUUUUGUGCUAGUGUGUGGUGGAGAGAGGGCGUCCAAGAGGAAGGUCGUCGAGUGUCGACAAAUGGCCUGAGGUCGUUUUUCGUAUGGUGGCCUCGGUGCCCCAAAGACGUACU